AUGAACGUCUUGCUCACAAUUCUGUUGAGAAUUGCCGCCGAGGCAAACGGGCUAUUGAGAAGGGUGGCGCAUCGCGGCCGGCGCCCUAGUCUUCUGGAGCGCACUUUCGAGCUCCAGGAGAACCCUUUGGAGCCGCACGGAUACGAGGACCGGCGGUGGCCGCAAAGGCCGGAGGAGGCGACGGAGCGCCAAGGUACGCGAGAGGAGGCGGAGGCGACGGUGGAGGGGCGACGCGCUGACGUGCUGGUGAGUUUCUUGAAAGAAAAAUAUUUAAAAAAAAAGUAACGCUUUCGGUACAAAGAAGUCCCUUUGAUCUGCUGCACAGUGGAACAAGGAACAUUUUGCUCAAAGCUCUAAUCAAACAGACUUCUGAGGCCGGAAGACGGUCCGACCAAACAAGAGGGUCGUACUCCAGCUCCGCCGGACCGUUUUAUGUGAGACUCGGACAGUCUCAUGUAAAACGGACGUCUGAAGAUGGAAUACUGUCAAGCUGGGGCGGGCCAGAAAGAUGCCACCCCAAAAAGAGUCUAUCGAACUGGAACUCUGUUCCGAUAGUUUCCCAUUUGGUGCGGCACCGUGAAAAAGAGACUUACGACUGACCGAUCGCUUUGCAGGAGUCGACGUUCAAGGAGCAGGAGUGGCAGUGCGGGUGCUGCUCCGCUCGGAUCGUCGACGAACCGGAGGGAUCGUGGCGCACAUGCUGGAGCACCAGGGAGACCGCCGCCGUUCUCCACUCGUUCAUAGUGGAGUUCAUGACGAGGGAGAACGGGCGGCGCGGCGGUUUUCAUCAACUCCACCGCGUGAUGCACGGUCUCACACGGCAGCACGGGCUCAGUUGCCCUUCCGACGUGAGUGCCUGAAAAAUAGAGAUUUUGUAGGAACAAGCAAAAAAACGUUAUGCAUUUUUGGAGAGAACGAGAUGAAAAAGAAACUGUUUAGAGACAAGUUAAUGUGAAUUUUACGUUCUUUUGCAGGUGGCCCGUGCCUACCUCGAGCGGACCGUCGAGGCCCAGAGAGAAGAGGAAAGGGAGGCGGCCGCCGAAAGAGCCGCCACGGAGAACGAGCUGCGACAGAGGCAGCGGGCGCUCGAGGAGAGAUUGGAGGCCCUGGCGGCCGAACGGAACGAGCGAGUCGAUCGGGAGAGGGCCGCGGCCGUCAGGGAGGAGGAACUCGAUGCUCGGCACCAGGUAUUCGUCACCAGUGAUCUUGUUCGACCGACUCCGCUCAAUGUCGGAGUCCUGAACAGGACGAACCGGAAGAGGGUAAGCAAUGCCGAUACCGGUAUUUCGAGCUGAAAUUUUUGUUUUUUUUAGAAGAGAACCCGAUGCUCAGCGCCAGCGCCCGGUCGGCAGCAGAUCGUGUUCGGGAACCUUGAGUUCCAAAUCGAUCCGUCGGACGACGAGUUCCGAGCACGAAUCGGCGACAUACUGGGCCGACUUGGGUAAGAUUUCAUGAUUUCAAGCGCCAAAAACCGACUAAACACUCAUUGUUUAUAGAAUCGAUUUGGAUUGGGACGCGGCAACGUUCCCGAACGCCUCGCGGGGACGGCAACACCCGAUCUCUCCAAUCUUCUGGACCAUCGUGGAGGUUCCGAAAGCAGUGGCGGAGAAGAUCGGGCGGGCCGUCGCAGAACACCUGGACAGCUUCAAUCAGCUGGAGUACGGCAAUAACGUAGAGGUUUGUUUAUUUCUCGAAAAGAGAAUGUCAGUUUUUUUGACCACGAAGCUUUGCAGCAGUACGUCAUUGUCGAGCUCCACGACACAAAGGAGUCGCGGACCAGGGACGCAUUUCUGCACGCCGCCGCCAGCAACUUCAGGACGAUGUACCGUCACGACCGAAACUGCUCCGUCACCGUCUGCCACAAACAUCUACUGGUGACGAGAGACGGUUCAGUCCUCGAGAGGCUGUCCGUGAAGGACAUCAAGGACAAGUUCGCGGCCAACUUCGAUGCGAUCAUGCGGAGCAUCCACCCAACCCAGAGGUCAGGUGUCAAAAUGCUCCUCCAAUGAGAGGAUUCGCCUCGCUAUUUAUUAAUCAUUCUGGAAUAUAUUGAUUUUUGAAAGUUUUAUCGUUUAAUGAAUGUUUUAUGAGUCAGACUCCGUACUCAUCGCAUUCUCACGUUGAAAGCUCAUGGCACCGCAACGCAAAAAGAACAUGAAAAAUUAUAAGGAAACCGAAAAAAACGAAAGUUACUUUUGAAACUAAUGCGAUUGAAUUGAAAGAGAUUCGAGAUAGACAACAACUCUUUGGAAAUGCGCCUUUAAAAAGACCAACUGUAGAAGCUGGCAAUUGCAAACUUAUUGAACACUUUUUCAGCGCAAAUUCACAAUUCUAUUUGCAUUUGUUAAUUUUUUCCAGAAAAUCCGUUCAAACGUCAUCAAUUUUCAUCAAAUACUUGAUAACUACAGCCAACUAACACGUUGACGACCGAAAUGUGAGUCAAUUUCCUCGUAAAAUUUAUCUCACGGUCUCCAGAGCUGACAAUAUGGGCGUGGCCUCGGCCAAAUGGCGUUUUCAUGAAUUGAGCAAGUUUUCUCUGAUUUUUGUGGUCAAAGGCAAUGAAAAGUGAUUGUUCGACAUGAAAACACACUAAUUCUCAGAAUUAAUGACGUUUUGGCGCAUUUUUCGCGGACUUUGCUUUUUCGCCUUCGCCGCCGAUCGUUGCCUUAAAACCGCACUUCUCAUUUUGCGCUUUCUUGAUUGUUUUCAGACAGAAUUGGUUUUGAGAAUGAUAAAUCACGUAAAUACAAGAAUUUUGAGCGCUCGAACCGCGAAAACUACCGAAAAGCAACUGAAAUUCACGCAGUUUUAACAAAAAAACCUUUAAACGGAUAAAUGUGAUUUGCGACUAGACCAAGAUUAACGUUCUUGCUCUUAAAAAAUUCCUAAUAGCCUAUAAAAUCGGUCUAUCGAGAGACAGAGCAGUUCAUCCAUCCGUGACGCACCUCACAUAUCGAGUAGACCUAACAGACUACACACUCAUAAUCCUAACAGACUACACAUUCAUAAUCCUAACAGACUACACACAGAAAUGGAGAGAAAGGGCCAUUUGAUCUACUCGAUAUGUGAGGAGUAAGUAUAAAAAGGGCCCCCUGUGGGAAAGAAUAGCCAUUCAUUCGGACAUACCGACUUGGCGGACGGUCGGAUCGUCUCGUUCUGUUUUGGGCGGGCGGACUUUCCAGACCCUCUGCUAAUCGAUAUCGAUCCGAUAUUUUUCCACUUGUUCUUUCUCCCCUUUCUCUCCGUUACUUCAUUUUCUCUUUCAUAUGUCAAGUCCAUACGGAAGUGAAGUGCACUCUAUUCCGAAGCUAUUUCAGCUGUGAUCUCUGUAAAGUUCCUUUCUUAUCCGACAAAAAGUUGCAUUAAUUUCAUUUUUGCUUCUAAAUGCUCACAGGAUAUCACAUUUGGGAGAGUUUCUGAAAAAACUGCGCUGAACUCUCGGAUGCCUCUAUAUGUAGUAGAAACAAACCGUCCUGUUAUUCCUAUGUAUUUUGUGAAAACCGGAACAAAUGCUCACUUUUUGUCGUUCAGAUCGGUGCUCAAUGAGUUGGGCAUAGUGUAGGGUGUGGCAAACAGUAAAAAUUGCGUACAUUUCUGAGUAAUUCUCUUCUCCCUGCGAUCAAUUUUAAACAAAAUCUUGCCUACCAGUGGUGUCUUUUCGAAUUAAUAGAACUUUUUAUGUGACUACAAUAGCUUAGAAGAGGUGUAUUCCUCGGGAGUAUCCGUCUGUACGUCCUUCUCUGAGUAGGGCCACAGCGGUGACCUUCGUGACGUGAUUUGCCCUGUCACGGAGGAAAAAUCACCGCCCCCACCUUACACGUGGCGUGGUUGACCCCCUUCUCUACGGGGCGGCGGCUCUGCGGACCGUGGGUACUUGAUGCGGAGUUGCACGGUCCUUACGGAUCAGAUCCCUUCAAGUGACCCUAACGAUAACUUCUUGAAGGAAGCCUGAGAUGAGAGGGAUGUGGGCAGACAGAGACGGGCACUCUUUGGGGUUAACCUCUUGCGCGCAUAUGACUUACAUGUUAGAAUUUUAGUUAGUAGAAGAAACUGCCACACCCUACUUAAACUCUCUCUCUCUCUUCUCUCGCUACGUCGGACACGAGAACCCACAAGGAUCUUCGGAAGGCGAGGAAUAGUCAAGAAACUUCCCACUCUUGAUGCAAGCAGUGACUGCCACUUUUCGAAGUGUCAGUCAUUAGGAUCUGAUAGAGUAGGAGGGAGGCGCAUUUCGCCGAGCACUUUGUGAGUUUGCAAGCAGAAUAAGAACCAUAACAAUUGAAUGUUUCAGACGUGCACAGGUGUGUCAAUUCUCGCGUUACACGCACAAAUCGGCCUGUACGAGGAGGAGCGGGUAAAGCUGUACCAGCAAUUGGACGAGAAGGACGACGAGAUCCAGAAGGUGUCGCAGGAGCUCGAGAAGCUCCGACAACAGGUGCUUCUGCAAGAGGAGGCACUGCAGACGAUGCGCGAGAACGAGGAGAUCAUCCGCGAAGAGAACUCGCGCAUUCAGAGAGAGGCCGACGACAAGCAGCAGGAGGGCAAGGAGAUGAUGACGAAGAACAGGGCGAAGAAAAGUCAAGAAACUUCCCACUCUUGAUGCAAGCAGUGACUGCCACUUUUCGAAGUGUCAGUCAUUAGGAUCUGAUAGAGUAGGAGGGAGGCGCAUUCCGCCAAGCACUUUGUGAGUUUGCAAGCAGAAUAAGAACCAUAAGAAUUGAAUGUUUCAGACGUGCACAGGUGUGUCAAUUCUCGCGUUACACGCACAAAUCGGCCUGUACGAGGAGGAGCGGGUAAAGCUGUACCAGCAAUUGGACGAGAAGGACGACGAGAUCCAGAAGGUGUCGCAGGAGCUCGAGAAGCUCCGACAACAGGUGCUUCUGCAAGAGGAGGCACUGCAGACGAUGCGCGAGAACGAGGAGAUCAUCUGCGAAGAGAACUCGCGCAUUCAGAGAGAGGCCGACGACAAGCAGCAGGAGGGCAAGGAGAUGAUGACGAAGAACAGGGCGAAGAAAAGUCAAGAAACUUCCCACUCUUGAUGCAAGCAGUGACUGCCACUUUUCGAAGUGUCAGUCAUUAGGAUCUGAUAGAGUAGGAGGGAGGCGCAUUCCGCCGAGCACUUUGUGAGUUUGCAAGCAGAAUAAGAACCAUAACAAUUGAAUGUUUCAGACGUGCACAGGUGUGUCAAUUCUCGCGUUACACGCACAAAUCGGCCUGUACGAGGAGGAGCGGGUAAAAGCUGUACCAGCAAUUGGACGAGAAGGACGACGAGAUCCAGAAGGUGUCGCAGGAGCUCGAGAAGCUCCGACAACAGGUGCUUCUGCAAGAGGAGGCACUGCAGACGAUGCGCGAGAACGAGGAGAUCAUCCGCGAAGAGAACUCGCGCAUUCAGAGAGAGGCCGACGACAAGCAGCAGGAGGGCAAGGAGAUGAUGACGAAGAACAGGGCGAAGAAAAAGUCAAGAAACUUCCCACUCUUGAUGUAGCAGUGACUGCCACUUUUCGAAGUGUCAGUCAUUAGGAUCUGAUAGAGUAGGAGGGAGGCGCAUUCCGCCGAGCACUUUGUGAGUUUGCAAGCAGAAUAAGAACCAUAACAAUUGAAUGUUUCAGACGUGCACAGGUGUGUCAAUUCUCGCGUUACACGCACAAAUCGGCCUGUACGAGGAGGAGCGGGUAAAGCUGUACCAGCAAUUGGACGAGAAGGACGACGAGAUCCAGAAGGUGUCGCAGGAGCUCGAGAAGCUCCGACAACAGGUGCUUCUGCAAGAGGAGGCACUGCAGACGAUGCGCGAGAACGAGGAGAUCAUCCGCGAAGAGAACUCGCGCAUUCAGAGAGAGGCCGACGACAAGCAGCAGGAGGGCAAGGAGAUGAUGACGAAGAACAGGGCGAAGAAAAGUCAAGAAACUUCCCACUCUUGAUGCAAGCAGUGACUGCCACUUUUCGAAGUGUCAGUCAUUAGGAUCUGAUAGAGUAGGAGGGAGGCGCAUUCCGCCGAGCACUUUGUGAGUUUGCAAGCAGAAUAAGAACCAUAACAAUUGAAUGUUUCAGACGUGCACAGGUGUGUCAAUUCUCGCGUUACACGCACAAAUCGGCCUGUACGAGGAGGAGCGGGUAAAGCUGUACCAGCAAUUGGACGAGAAGGACGACGAGAUCCAGAAGGUGUCGCAGGAGCUCGAGAAGCUCCGACAACAGGUGCUUCUGCAAGAGGAGGCACUGCAGACGAUGCGCGAGAACGAGGAGAUCAUCCGCGAAGAGAACUCGCGCAUUCAGAGAGAGGCCGACGACAAGCAGCAGGAGGGCAAGGAGAUGAUGACGAAGAACAGGGCGAAGAAAAAGUCAAGAAACUUCCCACUCUUGAUGAAGCAGUGACUGCCACUUUUCGAAGUGUCAGUCAUUAGGAUCUGAUAGAGUAGGAGGGAGGCGCAUUCCGCCGAGCACUUUGUGAGUUUGCAAGCAGAAUAAGAACCAUAACAAUUGAAUGUUUCAGACGUGCACAGGUGUGUCAAUUCUCGCGUUACACGCACAAAUCGGCCUGUACGAGGAGGAGCGGGUAAAGCUGUACCAGCAAUUGGACGAGAAGGACGACGAGAUCCAGAAGGUGUCGCAGGAGCUCGAGAAGCUCCGACAACAGGUGCUUCUGCAAGAGGAGGCACUGCAGACGAUGCGCGAGAACGAGGAGAUCAUCCGCGAAGAGAACUCGCGCAUUCAGAGAGAGGCCGACGACAAGCAGCAGGAGGGCAAGGAGAUGAUGACGAAGAACAGGGCGAAGAAAAGUCAAGAAACUUCCCACUCUUGAUGUAGCAGUGACUGCCACUUUUCGAAGUGUCAGUCAUUAGGAUCUGAUAGAGUAGGAGGGAGGCGCAUUCCGCCGAGCACUUUGUGAGUUUGCAAGCAGAAUAAGAACCAUAACAAUUGAAUGUUUCAGACGUGCACAGGUGUGUCAAUUCUCGCGUUACACGCACAAAUCGGCCUGUACGAGGAGGAGCGGGUAAAGCUGUACCAGCAAUUGGACGAGAAGGACGACGAGAUCCAGAAGGUGUCGCAGGAGCUCGAGAAGCUCCGACAACAGGUGCUUCUGCAAGAGGAGGCACUGCAGACGAUGCGCGAGAACGAGGAGAUCAUCCGCGAAGAGAACUCGCGCAUUCAGAGAGAGGCCGACGACAAGCAGCAGGAGGGCAAGGAGAUGAUGACGAAGAACAGGGCGAAGAAAAAGUCAAGAAACUUCCCACUCUUGAUGAAGCAGUGACUGCCACUUUUCGAAGUGUCAGUCAUUAGGAUCUGAUAGAGUAGGAGGGAGGCGCAUUCCGCCGAGCACUUUGUGAGUUUGCAAGCAGAAUAAGAACCAUAACAAUUGAAUGUUUCAGACGUGCACAGGUGUGUCAAUUCUCGCGUUACACGCACAAAUCGGCCUGUACGAGGAGGAGCGGGUAAAGCUGUACCAGCAAUUGGACGAGAAGGACGACGAGAUCCAGAAGGUGUCGCAGGAGCUCGAGAAGCUCCGACAACAGGUGCUUCUGCAAGAGGAGGCACUGCAGACGAUGCGCGAGAACGAGGAGAUCAUCCGCGAAGAGAACUCGCGCAUUCAGAGAGAGGCCGACGACAAGCAGCAGGAGGGCAAGGAGAUGAUGACGAAGAACAGGGCGAAGAAAAGUCAAGAAACUUCCCACUCUUGAUGUAGCAGUGACUGCCACUUUUCGAAGUGUCAGUCAUUAGGAUCUGAUAGAGUAGGAGGGAGGCGCAUUCCGCCGAGCACUUUGUGAGUUUGCAAGCAGAAUAAGAACCAUAACAAUUGAAUGUUUCAGACGUGCACAGGUGUGUCAAUUCUCGCGUUACACGCACAAAUCGGCCUGUACGAGGAGGAGCGGGUAAAGCUGUACCAGCAAUUGGACGAGAAGGACGACGAGAUCCAGAAGGUGUCGCAGGAGCUCGAGAAGCUCCGACAACAGGUGCUUCUGCAAGAGGAGGCACUGCAGACGAUGCGCGAGAACGAGGAGAUCAUCCGCGAAGAGAACUCGCGCAUUCAGAGAGAGGCCGACGACAAGCAGCAGGAGGGCAAGGAGAUGAUGACGAAGAACAGGGCGAAGAAAAAGUCAAGAAACUUCCCACUCUUGAUGUAGCAGUGACUGCCACUUUUCGAAGUGUCAGUCAUUAGGAUCUGAUAGAGUAGGAGGGAGGCGCAUUCCGCCGAGCACUUUGUGAGUUUGCAAGCAGAAUAAGAACCAUAACAAUUGAAUGUUUCAGACGUGCACAGGUGUGUCAAUUCUCGCGUUACACGCACAAAUCGGCCUGUACGAGGAGGAGCGGGUAAAGCUGUACCAGCAAUUGGACGAGAAGGACGACGAGAUCCAGAAGGUGUCGCAGGAGCUCGAGAAGCUCCGACAACAGGUGCUUCUGCAAGAGGAGGCACUGCAGACGAUGCGCGAGAACGAGGAGAUCAUCCGCGAAGAGAACUCGCGCAUUCAGAGAGAGGCCGACGACAAGCAGCAGGAGGGCAAGGAGAUGAUGACGAAGAACAGGGCGAAGAAAAAGUCAAGAAACUUCCCACUCUUGAUGUAGCAGUGACUGCCACUUUUCGAAGUGUCAGUCAUUAGGAUCUGAUAGAGUAGGAGGGAGGCGCAUUCCGCCGAGCACUUUGUGAGUUUGCAAGCAGAAUAAGAACCAUAACAAUUGAAUGUUUCAGACGUGCACAGGUGUGUCAAUUCUCGCGUUACACGCACAAAUCGGCCUGUACGAGGAGGAGCGGGUAAAGCUGUACCAGCAAUUGGACGAGAAGGACGACGAGAUCCAGAAGGUGUCGCAGGAGCUCGAGAAGCUCCGACAACAGGUGCUUCUGCAAGAGGAGGCACUGCAGACGAUGCGCGAGAACGAGGAGAUCAUCCGCGAAGAGAACUCGCGCAUUCAGAGAGAGGCCGACGACAAGCAGCAGGAGGGCAAGGAGAUGAUGACGAAGAACAGGGCGAAGAAAAGUCAAGAAACUUCCCACUCUUGAUGUAGCAGUGACUGCCACUUUUCGAAGUGUCAGUCAUUAGGAUCUGAUAGAGUAGGAGGGAGGCGCAUUCCGCCGAGCACUUUGUGAGUUUGCAAGCAGAAUAAGAACCAUAACAAUUGAAUGUUUCAGACGUGCACAGGUGUGUCAAUUCUCGCGUUACACGCACAAAUCGGCCUGUACGAGGAGGAGCGGGUAAAGCUGUACCAGCAAUUGGACGAGAAGGACGACGAGAUCCAGAAGGUGUCGCAGGAGCUCGAGAAGCUCCGACAACAGGUGCUUCUGCAAGAGGAGGCACUGCAGACGAUGCGCGAGAACGAGGAGAUCAUCCGCGAAGAGAACUCGCGCAUUCAGAGAGAGGCCGACGACAAGCAGCAGGAGGGCAAGGAGAUGAUGACGAAGAACAGGGCGAAGAAAAAGUCAAGAAACUUCCCACUCUUGAUGUAGCAGUGACUGCCACUUUUCGAAGUGUCAGUCAUUAGGAUCUGAUAGAGUAGGAGGGAGGCGCAUUCCGCCGAGCACUUUGUGAGUUUGCAAGCAGAAUAAGAACCAUAACAAUUGAAUGUUUCAGACGUGCACAGGUGUGUCAAUUCUCGCGUUACACGCACAAAUCGGCCUGUACGAGGAGGAGCGGGUAAAGCUGUACCAGCAAUUGGACGAGAAGGACGACGAGAUCCAGAAGGUGUCGCAGGAGCUCGAGAAGCUCCGACAACAGGUGCUUCUGCAAGAGGAGGCACUGCAGACGAUGCGCGAGAACGAGGAGAUCAUCCGCGAAGAGAACUCGCGCAUUCAGAGAGAGGCCGACGACAAGCAGCAGGAGGGCAAGGAGAUGAUGACGAAGAACAGGGCGAAGAAAAGUCAAGAAACUUCCCACUCUUGAUGCAAGCAGUGACUGCCACUUUUCGAAGUGUCAGUCAUUAGGAUCUGAUAGAGUAGGAGGGAGGCGCAUUCCGCCGAGCACUUUGUGAGUUUGCAAGCAGAAUAAGAACCAUAACAAUUGAAUGUUUCAGACGUGCACAGGUGUGUCAAUUCUCGCGUUACACGCACAAAUCGGCCUGUACGAGGAGGAGCGGGUAAAGCUGUACCAGCAAUUGGACGAGAAGGACGACGAGAUCCAGAAGGUGUCGCAGGAGCUCGAGAAGCUCCGACAACAGGUGCUUCUGCAAGAGGAGGCACUGCAGACGAUGCGCGAGAACGAGGAGAUCAUCCGCGAAGAGAACUCGCGCAUUCAGAGAGAGGCCGACGACAAGCAGCAGGAGGGCAAGGAGAUGAUGACGAAGAACAGGGCGAAGAAAAAGUCAAGAAACUUCCCACUCUUGAUGUAGCAGUGACUGCCACUUUUCGAAGUGUCAGUCAUUAGGAUCUGAUAGAGUAGGAGGGAGGCGCAUUCCGCCGAGCACUUUGUGAGUUUGCAAGCAGAAUAAGAACCAUAACAAUUGAAUGUUUCAGACGUGCACAGGUGUGUCAAUUCUCGCGUUACACGCACAAAUCGGCCUGUACGAGGAGGAGCGGGUAAAGCUGUACCAGCAAUUGGACGAGAAGGACGACGAGAUCCAGAAGGUGUCGCAGGAGCUCGAGAAGCUCCGACAACAGGUGCUUCUGCAAGAGGAGGCACUGCAGACGAUGCGCGAGAACGAGGAGAUCAUCCGCGAAGAGAACUCGCGCAUUCAGAGAGAGGCCGACGACAAGCAGCAGGAGGGCAAGGAGAUGAUGACGAAGAACAGGGCGAAGAAAAGUCAAGAAACUUCCCACUCUUGAUGCAAGCAGUGACUGCCACUUUUCGAAGUGUCAGUCAUUAGGAUCUGAUAGAGUAGGAGGGAGGCGCAUUCCGCCGAGCACUUUGUGAGUUUGCAAGCAGAAUAAGAACCAUAACAAUUGAAUGUUUCAGACGUGCACAGGUGUGUCAAUUCUCGCGUUACACGCACAAAUCGGCCUGUACGAGGAGGAGCGGGUAAAGCUGUACCAGCAAUUGGACGAGAAGGACGACGAGAUCCAGAAGGUGUCGCAGGAGCUCGAGAAGCUCCGACAACAGGUGCUUCUGCAAGAGGAGGCACUGCAGACGAUGCGCGAGAACGAGGAGAUCAUCCGCGAAGAGAACUCGCGCAUUCAGAGAGAGGCCGACGACAAGCAGCAGGAGGGCAAGGAGAUGAUGACGAAGAACAGGGCGAAGAAAAGUCAAGAAACUUCCCACUCUUGAUGCAAGCAGUGACUGCCACUUUUCGAAGUGUCAGUCAUUAGGAUCUGAUAGAGUAGGAGGGAGGCGCAUUCCGCCGAGCACUUUGUGAGUUUGCAAGCAGAAUAAGAACCAUAACAAUUGAAUGUUUCAGACGUGCACAGGUGUGUCAAUUCUCGCGUUACACGCACAAAUCGGCCUGUACGAGGAGGAGCGGGUAAAGCUGUACCAGCAAUUGGACGAGAAGGACGACGAGAUCCAGAAGGUGUCGCAGGAGCUCGAGAAGCUCCGACAACAGGUGCUUCUGCAAGAGGAGGCACUGCAGACGAUGCGCGAGAACGAGGAGAUCAUCCGCGAAGAGAACUCGCGCAUUCAGAGAGAGGCCGACGACAAGCAGCAGGAGGGCAAGGAGAUGAUGACGAAGAACAGGGCGAAGAAAAGUCAAGAAACUUCCCACUCUUGAUGCAAGCAGUGACUGCCACUUUUCGAAGUGUCAGUCAUUAGGAUCUGAUAGAGUAGGAGGGAGGCGCAUUCCGCCGAGCACUUUGUGAGUUUGCAAGCAGAAUAAGAACCAUAACAAUUGAAUGUUUCAGACGUGCACAGGUGUGUCAAUUCUCGCGUUACACGCACAAAUCGGCCUGUACGAGGAGGAGCGGGUAAAGCUGUACCAGCAAUUGGACGAGAAGGACGACGAGAUCCAGAAGGUGUCGCAGGAGCUCGAGAAGCUCCGACAACAGGUGCUUCUGCAAGAGGAGGCACUGCAGACGAUGCGCGAGAACGAGGAGAUCAUCCGCGAAGAGAACUCGCGCAUUCAGAGAGAGGCCGACGACAAGCAGCAGGAGGGCAAGGAGAUGAUGACGAAGAACAGGGCGAAGAAAAGUCAAGAAACUUCCCACUCUUGAUGCAAGCAGUGACUGCCACUUUUCGAAGUGUCAGUCAUUAGGAUCUGAUAGAGUAGGAGGGAGGCGCAUUCCGCCGAGCACUUUGUGAGUUUGCAAGCAGAAUAAGAACCAUAACAAUUGAAUGUUUCAGACGUGCACAGGUGUGUCAAUUCUCGCGUUACACGAACAAAUCGGCCUGGGAAAAGUACAAUAGUGGGGCGGAUUUUGAAGUUCUUCUCGUGAAAAUCCAAAUUUUUGCAGGGAAAAGUGUGCGUGUUCGACAAAGUGUUCAAACCGAACACGACACAAGAGCAAGUUUACAAAUGGGCCGCCUAUCACAUCGUGCAGGAUGUUUUGUCCGGCUACAACGGCACCGUGUUCGCCUACGGUCAGACGUCGUCCGGAAAGACGCACACGAUGGAGGGAGUCAUCGGCGACGGCAACCUUUCGGGCAUCAUCCCGCGCAUCGUCGCCGACAUCUUCAACCACAUCUACAACAUGGACCAGGACCUACAGUUCCACAUCAAAGUCUCCUACUACGAGAUUUACAACGAGAAGAUUCGCGAUCUGUUGGACCCGGAAAAAGUGAAUUUGUCGAUUCACGAGGACAAAAUGCGCGUUCCGUACGUGAAGGGCGCCACCGAGCGAUUCGUCGGCAGUCCCGACGAAGUGCUGCAGGCGAUCGAGGACGGAAAGUCGAACCGGAUGGUCGCCGUCACCAGUAUGUGCCCCUCAACAAUUCUAGUCUCCUAAACUGAAAAAGAGGCGGGAAAUUCGAUAUUGCUAUGUUUUUCCAAGAAAAACGUGGGAGUUGCAGAUUUGGUGUGCAUUUUAAACUGAAAACGGGCGGAAUUAGUUGAGAUAUGAGCACGGACCUGAAAAUGCUCGAUUUUCAGUAAUUUCACUAUCAAACUGUUCCGAAAUUUCCAGUUGUGGAAAGCCAUGAAAACAUUAGGAACCAGAGAAAAUUGCAAAUUUGCAGACAUGAACAAGCACUCCUCCCGCUCGCACUCGGUCUUCCUGAUCACCGUCAAACAGGAGCAUCAGACGACGAAAAAGCAGUUGACGGGCAAGUUGUACUUCGUCGAUUUGGCCGGAUCGGAGAAAGUGAGCAAGACGGGCGCGCAGGGAACCGUGCUAGAGGAGGCCAAAAACAUUAACAAGUCGCUGACGGCGCUCGGAAUCGUCAUCUCGGCGCUGGCCGAAGGAACCAAGUCGCACGUGCCGUACCGUGACUCGAAACUGACGCGCAUUCUGCAAGAGUCGCUCGAAGGAAACUCGCGGACUACGGUCAUAAUUUGCGCGUCGCCGUCGCACUUCAACGAGGCGGAGACCAAGUCGACGCUGCUGUUCGGACAGAGAGCCAAGACGAUCAAGAAUGUGGUGCAGGUGAACGAGGAGCUGACGGCCGAGGAGUGGAAGCGCCGAUACGAGAAGGAGCGCGAGAAGGUACGCUUUUUGGUGUAAUUGCCCUUUUGGACAAGAAAAUUUUUUCAAGUGAUUUUGUGUAAAAUGAAUGAUUUUAGGUGACCCGCCUGUCAACCCUUCUCCAAGCAGCCGCCCUGGAACUCUCCCGCUGGAGAGCCGGCGAAUCAGUGUCCGAAUUGGAAUGGAUCAACCUGUCGGAGACGGCGCAGAUGGCAGUCUCGGAAGUGUCGGGCGGUUCCACUCCACUUAUGGAAAGAUCGAUCGCGCCCGCACCGCCGAUGCUCAUCUCCGGCAACGGACCGAUCACGGACGAGGAGAAGAAGAAGUACGAGGAGGAGCGGGUAAAGCUGUACCAGCAAUUGGACGAGAAGGACGACGAGAUCCAGAAGGUGUCGCAGGAGCUCGAGAAGCUCCGACAACAGGUGCUUCUGCAAGAGGAGGCUUCUUUCUGA